AUGACAGCCUUCAGAGCAAUCGCAAUCUUCUCCGUCUCAAUUGCAAGAUUCAUUAUAGCACUCUUCAUUACAAUUAUUGUCCCCAAUCAUUCAAAGCUUGCAGCCAGAGCUGCAUUCAUUAGCAGUGCAAUCUCCAAAAUCAUAAUUGCAGGAGGAAACAUUGCACUUUGAGUCACAAUUUCCAUCUCCAAGCAUAGAGCCAUAGCAUCCUGGGGAGCAAUCUGCACAAGAUCCAAGAUUAUAAUAGCAAUUUUGGUUAUUACAAGAUUGAGAGCAGCUUGAGUAUAA